UGCACAAUGGGCGGGACCGGCUCCAGUUUGUUGGACGACAGCAAGUGCACCUACAUCCGAGGAAAGACAGAAGCUGUGAUCAAGAACUUCAGUCCGCACUAUAAACGCCAAUAUGUUGUGUCCUUUUGCAAGCACAUCCAGAAUGAGGUGGAACAAAACAGAGACCUGCAGUCCCAGUUCUUAAAGACAAAGCCUCCUGCAGAGUCCAGCGUGGUCUUUUAUGAAGGAGAAUUGACACAUUUUGCUGAAGACUUGAAGAAAUGGAAGGACAGAUACAUAGUGAUUAAAAACAACUAUGCUGUGGAAAGCUUUGAAAGCAAAGAGGCUUUCCAGAAGGGAGUUGGUUCUAAAAGCUGCAUUCUACCUGUUGGAGCCAAAGUACUGAUUACAGAGGAAGAGUAUAACCUGCUGGCUGAUAAACAUUUUCCAGACCCGAAUGCUUCCAACGAAAAGGAGAAUGCCCAGGCUUUUGUUGUCCUUCCAAAGGAAUUUCCUGUCUAUCUGUGGCAACCUUUCCUUAGACAUAGUUACUUCUGCUUUCCGGAUCCAGAGGCUCAGAAGGAAUUCAGUGCAGUGUUGAAUGAUUGCAUCAGACACUCAAACCAUGAUUUUUUCAAGCAGUCCUCCUUUGAAGCUGAAGCAUUUUUAGAAGCUGUCCAGUUUUUCCGCCAGGAAAAUGGCCACUAUGGAUCAUGGGAAAUGAUAACUGGCAAUGAAAUUCAGAUUCUCAGCAAUCUUGUGAUGGAGGAGCUCUUACCUAGCCUUCAGACCAUGCUGCUUCCAAAAAUGAAAGGGAAGAGGAACGACCGAAAGAGGGCAUGGUUUGGUAUAUUGGAAGAAACCUACCAUUUGGUUCAUGAUCAGGUUUCAGAUGGAUUACGUGCCCUGAAAGAGGAAUGUAAAGAAGUUACUGUGGGCCUUGAAGGAAAUAUUCGUUCAAACAUGGAUCAAAUUCUGACCUCCAAGAACUAUGUAGCUGACAAAAUAAAAACAAGUAUAUCUGAGCCUGUCCAGAUAUGCUGUGGUGAGAGCAUCCAGCCCUUUCUAACUUCCAUUCUAGAGGAACUCAUGGGCCCAGUGAGCUCUGGAUUCAGCGAAGUUCGUCUGCUCUUUGAAAAAGAGGUGAAUGCGAUCAGCCAGAACUUUCAAGCAUCGAAAGAUGUCACAAAGCUAAAAGAGAACGUGAACCACUUGAUGAGGCUGCCAUACAACUCCGUAAAAAUGGAACCUUGUUACCUGAAAGUCAAUCUUCUUCAAGAGAAACUCCAAGACCUCAAGAGCCGCUUCAAAUUCUAUGAUGUUGACUUGGUUAUUCAGAGGACACAAAACGUAAUGCAGGAGCUUUUGGAAAAUGCAGUGUAUACCUUUGAGCAGCUGCUAGGCCCAGACCAUCCCAGAGAUGUAGCCAAAAUGGCAACAGACAUUGAAAAAGUCAAACUUCGUGUCUUAAAGCAAUUUGACUAUGACAGCAGUACUCUCCGGAAGAAGAUAUUUCAGGAUGCCUUGGUCCAGAUCUCUUUGCCCACAUUGCAGCGGACACUGGCCUCAACAUGUAAACCGGUGCUUCAGGAAUAUGAGCAGUACAUCUUUGCUGAGCAAACCAACGUGAUACAAGUUGAAAAUGUGUAUGAAGGGAUUUUACUUCAAACUUUGCUUGAUGAAACCCUAAAAGUGAUAAAAGAGGCUGCCCAUUUGAAAAAACACAACCUCUAUGAGGAGAUGACCCUGCCUUCUGAAAGUGUGUCCAGUCUGAGUGAUCUGAAAACUACUUCAGAAGCAGCACAAACCAGCCCAGCUAGGAAGCUAUCCACCAACGUGACAGAGGCGUUGCAAGCUGACACUCAAAGUAAUGAGGUGUUCACAGCAGAAAAAGGGACUCAGGAGGAAUUCCACAAGGCUAUGAAGACGCUGGACAAUAAAGAAGGAAUUUCUGCUGCUGUAUCUGGUAUUCCAUCCGAAGCAAAGGAAGAGGGGUCCAAAGCAAAGGAAGAGGGAAUCAUUUCAGAUCUUGAUGGCAAUCAGGAAUCACCCUCUACGCUACUUGGUUCCGUAGAGGAAAAGAGAGCUCCUCAGCUUCCACAUGUAGCAGAAAUAAGUUUUGAUGGAAGCACAAGAAUAGAAAAUAAAGUACCAGUAGAAGAGGAAAAGCAUCCAGUUCUUGAUGACGUGAAUGAAAUAAGAAAUUUGCUGACACUGACAAUUGAAUUGCCAGUAAAUGUUCCACCUGAGAACAAAGACAAAGUUUUAGAGCUACAGGAAUGUGCAGAAAAAAGGGAUAAGGAGAACAAAAGGAAUGCAGAGGAAUGUCAAGCUUCUGAGAUGCAGGAGCCUCCCAAAAUGCCCUUAUCACCCAGUGUAAAUGCAGAUGAUAUAAGCGUAAUGAGCAUCUCUGGGAAAGGAAAGUACAUAACUCACGAAGCUCCUUCUGAAGUGACUGAAGAACUGGAUCUUGGUCAAACCUCAAGGGUGGAGUUGGAGACACAGACAAGCAUGUGGUAUAAUGAUGCGGAGAGUGGCAUUACUGGUGACCAGGUCCAAACAAAGCUACCUGCUGAAAGUGGACAAUCUGGUCAGUGCGAAGUUGGUCUCUCCCUUCUGAAUUUUGUCCUCCCGGAUCAGAAGUCACAAGUGGACCAACAUGCUGAAAGUGAAAAACUUGGCCACGGGGAAGAAGGGGUUUCUUCCCUUCAAUCUGUCUUAAUGGAUGACAAUUCCCAAGCAGGGCAAUAUGUUAAAGAUGAUUUACAGGAAGCAGAACUCUCCCUUCUUCAGUCUGUCCUGGUGGAAGUGAAUGCUCAAUCCUUCUCGGGUUGUUCUGCAAAAACACAAGAGUCCAUCUUGAAUAUUGCAAAUUUGACAAUAGAACCAGCUGAUCUUCCAGUUUCUCCAGAUGUGAAAGAAAGUGAGGGUAGCAAUCUAGAGGCAUCAGUGAACAUAGACUCCACAACUAUCACCUUUGCUCAAGUGGAUGAUUCUAAGAAAGCAGAUGUGUCCUUGCCAAGCUCAGAUGCUGCAAGUACCACAGAAGUUGAAACAGACAGAAGGGAACAUGCGGAGGGCAACCCUCCUGAGUCACAAUCUGAGGAAUAGAUAGGUUAUCUCGGAAAUCAAAAGCUUUAACCCUGUCGUCGUUAUUGUCAGAGUCCCCUUAAAAUUAGAAGGAAGAGAUCUAUUCAGACUCACAAAUCCUAUUUGACAGAUUUUGAAUCUGCAGCCCUUUGAUCACAUGAAUCCUGUCUUUAUUCUGUCGGUUACGCCUUCUGGUCACUCAUUCAUUCCCACUGCUUGGAAGCUGCCCACCAAAGAUUUAUUACAAUCACCAAAGUUGUGAAAGCUUGUGCUACCUGUCAAUGAUGAGAUGGCAGAACUUCUGUUUAAACCUUUGAAAUUCCUUGAAAGUGAGUUGACCAUUUGCAAUGACCCACUCAUAUGGAUGAGGAUAGUGGCAAUGAGACUCUAAAAUUUAGAAGGAACUGCUAAAAUUGAAUAUGGUUAAGGGAGAAUAAAAAAUUGCAUGAAGCAUACUUAGAAGAAAAUGAUGGGAAAUCUUCAGUGAAAGGGUAAAGUGACUUGCUUACAGGAAUCUUGCGCACCAUAAUUGUGCAAAUAGUUUUGACCAUUGAUUAGCUGGAUAAUUGUUUCUUUGGCAGAUAUUUUGACAAUGGAGCGGACUUAUUCCCCUCCUCUUUUUUCUUGUUGUUGUCGUUGCUGUAUUUAAUACUGCCAGGAUAGUUGGAGCAGGUUUCUCUGUCCCAUUUUUCUGCACCUUUUGCAGAGCACUUUAUACUUAUUUUUUUCAAAUGGAAUAACAAAUGUUUACAGAAGCUUGCAUUCCAAGGUGACUUAGCCAGAUCUAUAUGUUAAGAAGAAGCAACAUCCAGUAGUUGAAAUUUCAGUGUCAAGGCAGUCCAAGUUCUACACCAAGAAACUUAUAUACAUUAUGCAAACCAAGGGUAUUUGCUUAUUCCUUAAUGUACAGUUUAUUCUGAUGCUUUUAGUCAUGGUGAGAGACAAGGGGGCAGCGCAGGCUAUAAGAUCAUUCUUUGAACUUCCUGAUCAGGAAACUGGCAGCCAGCAUCAGGGUUUACUUCUUAAUGAGCAAUUGGGUAGAAUACUGGCUGCACAUUUUCUCUUGUAACUUUGGGUUUCAAAGUCCUUCCUCUCCCCUGGCUUAUGAAUUCACAGCGGCAGCACUCAAAGGCAGCGUUGGGAAAUCCAGAUAUUUUGACUGACAACGCCCAUCUUCUCUCACCAUUGGCUGUGCUGGUUAGGACUGAUGAGAUUUGUAGGCCAAAGCAUUUGGAGGGCCACAAGUUGCUCUACGGGCUACAGUGCUGAACUAAUAUUAGUAGGUUAUUUACAUCUAUGUGUUUGUGAACUAGUCACAAACAUCCUGUGAUUUCAGAAAAAUGACUACACUGCUGUAUAAAAUCAAAAAGUGGAGCACCUGGCUGGAGUGACAAGUUAAAACAAACAGAGGGCUACUGCUGAAAAUGGUAGCCUGUGCUUUCUUCCUUUCUAUAACAUCUAAUAGACCAUACCUGAUUCCCUGAUAGUACUGCUGCUACAAAACACCCAUUUCAUAGAAAGGCAAACACAAACAUGCUCCUUUUGAACUCACAGGAUUUUCUCUAACACAACACUCAUUUCACAGAAAGGCAAGCCACUUUUUUCAAAUUACCUCUAAAUAAAUUCUUCUAAACUUAAUUCCCCAGUUGUGUCUUUCCAAAAUCAGACAACCCGCAUAUAAUAAUUUUGCCUCAACUACAAAACACACACAUACACAGGGCCUGUCUGGGCCAGUUCAGGCGCUGUGCGUGCCUUCCUCU